UUCCUUAGCGCAGACGAGUCCCCUGCGGUGAGGGGGGAUAUUAGACCGGUUUUAGACCGAUGGCCCGGAUGGUCUGUAGCUAGUUUAUUAUCUGCGUUGUAAGAGAAAGACUCGGAAAAAGGAGAAUUCAAGCAUUUGUUUUGAGGAAAAAAGAAAAAAAUAAAGAAUUACAUGGAUUUUGCACACAGAUGUUAGAACAUGAAAGUAAAAAAUUGAACUCGAGCCAAGAUACAGAGGUUGCAGUGGAUAAGAAGUUUUAAAAGAUUUGAUUCAAGAUUGCAGGAGGCUGAAAGAAAAGUUAAAGAGAUGAGGAGGAGGAUCAAAUGACAGUUUGCUGUGUUGACUUCCAGUACUGAAGACUGUAAAUAGCUGAGAAGUGGAAUUAAUGACUCUGAAACUGAAACCCAUUUUAAAAGAUGUCAGGCAUUCGACCACCAAUCAUGAAUGGGCCCAUGCACCCACGCCCUUUGGUAGCACUGCUGGAUGGUCGUGAUUGUACCGUAGAAAUGCCGAUCCUGAAGGACGUAGCCACUGUGGCGUUUUGUGAUGCACAGUCUACACAAGAGAUCCAUGAAAAGGUACUAAAUGAAGCAGUGGGUGCCCUGAUGUAUCACACCAUCACUUUAACCCGUGAAGAUCUGGAGAAGUUUAAAGCACUUCGAAUAAUUGUUCGAAUUGGAAGUGGUUUUGAUAAUAUUGAUAUUAAAUCUGCUGGUGAUUUAGGGAUUGCAGUAUGUAAUGUUCCAGCUGCAUCAGUAGAAGAGACAGCAGACUCUACAAUGUGCCACAUCUUGAACCUGUACAGACGAACCACCUGGCUUCAUCAGGCCUUGCGAGAAGGCACAAGGGUGCAGAGUGUGGAGCAGAUCCGGGAAGUUGCUUCUGGGGCUGCAAGAAUCCGAGGGGAGACCCUAGGCAUUAUUGGGUUAGGACGAGUCGGUCAAGCAGUUGCUCUACGUGCAAAAGCCUUUGGCUUCAAUGUAAUUUUCUAUGACCCAUACCUCUCAGAUGGCAUGGAACGUGCUCUUGGACUUCAGCGGGUGAGCACUUUACAGGAUUUGCUGUUUCACAGUGACUGUGUCACCCUCCACUGCAGCCUGAAUGAACACAAUCAUCAUCUUAUUAAUGAUUUCACCAUUAAACAGAUGCGACAGGGAGCCUUCCUGGUGAACAUGGCUCGUGGAGGGCUAGUAGAUGAAAAAGCACUUGCACAAGCCCUGAAGGAAGGAAGGAUACGAGGGGCAGCGUUGGAUGUACACGAGUCAGAACCAUUCAGCUUCAGUCAGGGUCCUCUGAAGGAUGCACCAAAUCUGAUCUGUACUCCACAUGCUGCCUGGUACAGUGAACAAGCCUCAAUAGAGAUGCGGGAGGAAGCAGCCCGGGAGAUUCGGAAAGCUAUUACAGGUCGUAUUCCAGACAACCUGAGGAACUGUGUCAACAAAGAACAUCUGACUGCAGCUACACAUUGGGCCAGCAUGGAUCCAGGAGUUGUCCACCCAGAGCUUAAUGGUGCUGCAUACAGCAGGUAUCCUCCCGGUGUUGUAAGUGUGGCUCCACCUGGCAUACCUACAGCAGUAGAAGGAAUAGUCCCUAAUGCCAUGUCUUUAUCGCAUGGGCUCCCACCUGUUGCCCACCCACCCCAUGCUCCUUCUCCUGGCCAGACAGUCAAACCAGAAGCCGAUAGAGACCACCCAAACGACCAAUUGUAGCCUAAGAGAACAUCAUUCCCAACACUGGCAACUUUGGAAGGCAUGUGAAAAAUCAAUUGGACUUUAAAUAGAUGCAAAAUCAUGAACAUGCGAAGGAGGCCAUAUAUGUUUUAGAAAGUGGUCCAAUAUGCAGUAUAAUGAGAAAUGGUGGGAGAUGAAAGAAGAUUUGAAAACUUUAUUCCUCCAUAUAAAAUGUAGUUUGUCCCUGUUCAGUGACCUGAUUCACUGUUUCUGUGUCCUAUGGGUUCUUUGUUAAGCCAGAGAAGUUAGUAGUUAAUUAUAUCAUGAAUGUACUUGUCUGUGUACAGUUUUUAGAACAUUAACAAGGGUUUGUUUGCUUAGUUGUCAACAAGGAAAAAAUAUAAGGGAGGCAUUUGACAAACCAAUUUUGAGAUUUGAGAUCCUUUGUUUUUAUAUGUUUAAAACGCCUAAAAAUUAAGGCAGUUGGUGAACUUCUCAGGACAACAAUUUUUCCCAUUUUUCUUUCUACGCCACACAGUGCAUUCUUUUUUCUACCUUCUUGUCUUAUUUUUUUAGAAUAAUUUAAUAAAGUAAAAACAGUUUCUCCUAAUUUUGGCACAAAUUUCCCUUAUUUCAGAAUGAAGACAUUUCAAAGAGAUUUUUAGGUGCAAAUAAAGGUUUUGUAUAAACAAGCAUUAUGCUUUUUGUCACCAGUUAAAGUAUAUAUUAUUGGUGGGAUGCAGAGAGAGAUUGAGAGAGGCACUUGACUACUGAAAAGUAGCAGCAUUUCAUUGCCUACAUGGAUUCCUUCCUGGUAAUGUCGUAGGCUAGCAAUAUUUUGGGUUAAAAUCAUGUUUGUGACUGUGUCCAUUUGUAUGAAUUAUUAUUUUAAACAAAUAAAAAUUCCAAACAAA